AUGGUUGUACCCAAAGUGUAUUUUGUUCGCCAUGGCGAAACCCAGUGGUCCAGCAUGGGAAAGCACACCAGUGUGACGGACCUCCCGCUCCUGCCCGUUGGCGCUAAGGUAGCUGCUGAGCGAGGCAGAGUGCUUUUUGGUCCGGGCAAGACCAUCGACCCCGCGAAAACCGCACGAGUGUACUGCUCACCUCGCCUGCGUGCUCAACAGACUAUGAGCUUGUUUAUGGCCGAGCACCGCUUCUUCUGCAAGCCCGAGUGUCUUGUUACCGAGGAUCGCAUUGCUGAAUGGAAUUACGGUGACUACGAGGGACUAACCAACGAAGAGAUCUAUAGAAUCCAGGGAGAGUUCCGGAUUUGGGAGCAGGGGUGCCCCGGAGGCGAGUCCCCAGAAGAUAUUACCGCUCGAUUGGACUCGUUAAUUGCUGAAAUCCGCGAAAUCCACCGCAAGGCCAUGGAAGAUAAUACCGACGGCGACGUGCUUAUUUUUGGCCACGGCCAUAUCCUGCGUGCGUUUGCUAUGCGUUGGAUCAAUGUGGAUUUGCACAAGCCCAUCACCAUGGUUCUUCCUACCUCUGGUUUGGGUGCACUGUCUUACGAGCACAGCAACAUCAAUGAGCCUGCCAUUCUCCUCAUGUAA